ACACACACACACACACACACACACACACACACACACACACUUACUUAACAAACAUGCCUUCUGAUCAAGCCGUCAAAGUUGUCUACAAGGGUAACGACAAUAACGAAUACUUUGUUAUCGCUAAUCCCGGUAUGGUGAGCAAGUGGAAGAAAGACAAGAGCAUUCCCAUGGUCGACGUGGUCCAAAACUUCAACAUCCACACGACUUCCAACGGUAGUACCACCGGUGAAGCCAUUAAUCCUGCCAGCGGAGCAUUGAAAACCGUGUUUAAUACCACCAACGAAGAUGAGAUUGUCAAAAAGAUUCUAUGUGAAGGUCAUGAAAAGGGCUUUUAAAAAAAAACCGAUCGUUGGGAGCAUUAGAAAGAGAGCCACCACUUCUUUUAUAAACACGUCGCCCCUCCCCACCCCCCCCCCAUUCUAUCCUAUUUUAAACUGUAUAUACAAGUGAUUCACUCCUUAUCUCAAUCGAGGUUGGUUUAGCCAUCCACCUGACCCCCCCCCCCUUCAUUGAAUUAUAAAAACCAAUAAAAACAGAUCCCAUCUGCACCCUACCAGUGAUAUUUGAUUGAAAGUGUUGGAAUGAAACGUCUUUUGGGGUAAUGGUUCACUUUUAUUAAGAACGAUGGCUAUCGUUAAAAAAAAAAAAAAAAAAAAAAAAAAAA